AUGACGGUCCCAAGGGUGUGCAACCUGGGCCCGGGCUCCCACGCAGGUGGCACCCAGAGCGGGGCAGCAGCCGAGGCGGAGCUGUGGGGGGACCUGCUGGCCGGAGGCCCAGCCCCAAGGCCCGGGGAAGAAGCUUGCUGGCCCGCCGCAUCCAGGGAUGACCUCUGGGCGGCCACACGCCGGUCCAGACAGCCCCCCCAGCCAGGUAGCCCCAGGAGGGCACCCCGCCAGGCCCGGCCAGAGCCCAGCAGGUCCUUGGGUGUCCAGGGGCAAGCCUGCAGCUGCCCCGUGUGGUCCGAAGGUGAGGAGUCAGAGACCGGAGGGAAUAGAAGCAGUUUGGUGUCCUCCGGCCGCCUGUCCGGCUCCUCAGGGGGCCACGACUAUGCACCACCACCCCGGCUCUGGAAGGAGCGGCUCCCCCGGGGGCUAGGCGCCCAGCGGCAGCCCCAGGGCAGCGACCCCCGGCUGGAGCAGCUGCGGGACAAGAUUCGGGCCCAGGCAGCCUGCCAGGUCAGCAGCGGCUCCCUGGGGACCUCGGCGCCCUCCAGCGCCUCACGCCUCUGCAAGGGGCCCAGGCCGGUGUCCCGAAAAAAGGUCCGCAAGGUGGCCCGAGUCCCUGCUGCCCGACCCAGCCCAGAUGCGGAUGCAGUGGGCGUGUACGCCUGGAGGAAAGGUCAAGGCCUGGCGAAGCUGCUGCUGGGCCCUCCUCCCACCCUCCCUGGGCGCCAAAGACGGGCACCCACCAGAGAGUCAGCCACCACAGAGGAAUCAGAAGACAGCAAGAAGGUUCCCUCCGGCUCUUCCCUGGCGCCCAGCCCAGCCCACAGUGACCAGCAGGUGUCUGCCACCACCCCCAGCCUGGCCUCCCAGGACCAGCCAGCUGACAUCCAGACCGCCAUGGCCAUCCUGCAAGACCUCCGCCAGCAGAUCCAGGCCAGGCUGGACAUGGCCCAGCACCCCCCGUGGAGGCGGAGGGUGCAGCAUGGGCAGCCACAGCCAGGGCUGCAGGACUCAGCAGAGAGGAGGCAUCUGGCCCCCUGGGACUCCCCGGGCAUGCCAAGAACCUUCUCCAAGAGGCCCUGGGCUGUGGACAAAGAUGGCCCCUCUGAGCGGGCUCCGAGCUUCCCCGGGCCGCAGCCCUACAGGGUCUCAGCCAGGUGGGCGCCCUGCCCACAGAGGGCCCAGGUGGCCAGAGCAUGGGACCCCUCCUUCCAGAGACCCGGGAGCCCUCCCGAAGGGCAGGUCUCCACACAGCGGCCCUGGAGUACAUCAGCUGGCCGGGUCUGUGAAGACCGGGACACCCUGACCCACGGACUGUGGAACCUUCCAGAAAAGCCUCGGAGCACCUCACUUGUGCAUCCGGUGGACACCCUGGGCACAGGGAGCCUCCCUGGGCCGGAUGCCACUUGCGAGGAGCUGCCCUCUGGCCACAGGGCUCGGGGCAUCCCGGGCCCACCCCACAGCUCUGAGACCCUGCGGGACUUCAUGCGGCAGAGAGCGCAGGCCCGGCGGCGGCAGGCGCUGGAGGAGAAGGCCUUAACCUCUCGGGGGCUGGAGCUGCGCAGCCAGCGUCUACGGGAGGUGUAUCGCAAGCAGAAGGAGGCUGUGCUUGGGCGGCCGGCCCCUGUGGUCUCCCAGCACAGCCCCAGCAUUGUCACCUUUGUGCCCCACGCCGCGCAGCCCAGGGACCUGGACACCCCAGGGAGCCGGAGCGCCCCUGUGCUUCAGUGGAGCAAGGUGACAUCCGGCCUGGUGCUGGGCGACCAGGAGGCCCCGGGAAGCUUCUGCCUGUGCCUGAACAAAGCCUUCAGCCACCCCAAGUCUCGCGAUGGCAGCGCCCUGCUGCUGUCCGACGGCACCCCCCUGCGCCCCUGGCAACACCCAGAACUGUCCGUGAGCUGCCCGCCCCCACACCUGUGCACCUACCUGGACCAUGAGGAGGAUGAGGACCUGCACGAGGCCCGCCCCCUGCACUUCCAGUACAAGCAGGCCCGGCUGCAGGCCCUGGAGGCCACGGCCAAUGUCCUGAAGCAGCGGGUGGACAUGCUGACCCAAAGGCUGCAGAGUCCCAUAGCUCUAGAUCCACUCCAGGACCCGGCCCUUGGCAGCCUGCCCUCGUCCCUGCUGCCCAGUCCAGAACCUGCCGAGGCCACACUCAUAGCCCCAGCCUUGUCCGGCCUCUGGGCACCCAGCGCAGGGGAGGAGGCACCAGUCUCUUCCCCCUGCCUGUCGGACAGUGAGGUGCUGCCCCCGAGCUUUGGCUGGGAGUGGCAGCAGGCGGGCCCAUGGAACCCAGGCAGGAGCACGAUCCAAGAGGCCCAUCACCACCCACCAGUGGGCAGCAUGGCCCAGCUCGAGCCUACCCUGCAGCUGUUCCUGCUGGAGGUAGCUCUGUUCUCCAGCACGUUCUGGUCACCCACCCGGAGGCCAGCACGCUACGAGGCCGUCCUUCGAGCAGAGCCAGGGAAGGCUGCGUGGUUUAACAUCAGGGAAGGUGGGCAGGGACCUGGCAGGCCUCAUCCAGGGGACCUGCAGGGCGGCCACCUCACCAGCAUCCAGCAGAAGUCUUUAAGCUUUCUAGAGGCACUGAAGCUGGACCACAGGGAGCAGGCCCAGGCGCUGGCCCUCCUGCAGCAGAGGGUGGAGCGUGAGAUCAAAGAGACACAGGCCACUCUGGACAGAAUGCUCCUCCCAGCCCCCCUGCAGCCACUGAUGGGGGCCCAGUCCACCCAGGCCGGGUUGGGAACCACCUGGGAGAUGCAGCGGCCACAGGUGUGUGGGGAUCUGGAUCUGCAGUCAGCUGCUGCAGGGCCCUCCCAGGAGGCAGGAAGGCCCAGCAGAGCCCCCUCCACGCUACCAGUGGCCAGGCAGGACCCCUGGGAACACUGGAGAAUGCCGGAAGACCCGGACCAGGGCUUCGGGCUGCAGAUGCUGGAGCAGAGCCUGCGGGAGGAGGAGCUGCACGCGCAGCACCAGGCCGCCCUGCUGCGCCUGCGCGAGAAGGCGCUCCAGGAGAAGGUGCUGGCGGAGCUGUCCUGGCUGGAGCAUCAGCGAGGGUGUCUGGGGGGCAGGAGGGAUGAAACAACAGAGGUAGCCUUGGAGGAGAGGAAGCAGCUCAUCCUGAGUGACCUUCAGCAGGAGCAGGUGACAGCCAGGGAGGGGGACACCCCCACCGCCCAGGGCGGCCAGGGAACUCCUCACCCUCAGCUGCACUCGGAGCAGGUGGGUGUGACACCCCUGCAGGCGCCUCCCACUGGAAAUGGCCUCCUGCCACCUUCAAGGCCAGUGUGGGGAGAGGACACAGCUGGCAGUGACAGACCAGGUUCCCGCGGCCAGCCAGUGGAGAGCCACAGCUUCACUGGCCAAGGGGACCCCCAGACCGUGCCCAGUCCUGAGUCAGCAGAGGAGAGAUGGCCUCAGACCGAGAGCCAUGCACAGAACCAGCGAUCCCGAUCCCCCGGUGGAGAUGGGCCCCCCGAGCCCCAGGAGGCAAAUGCACUUGGCUGCUCCCUAUCUGAGCAGCAGGCAUGGCCCACCCGGGGGCUGCCUCCUGGGGACCCCAGGGUCAGAGGGGCCUCUGGGGGCCGGGGGCAGGAGGCCAGCAUGUCCUCUGAGGUAGCCGAGGCGGGGAGCUCAGGACCAGCUCAGAGCUGGCUGUCACCCUUCCUGGACGCCAGCAGGCCCAGGUCAGGCUCUGAGCUUUCUGACGCCUCCAGCCAGAUUUGGGGUGAGGACGGCGAGGAGGACCUCCUGGGGUGCGGUGCUACAGCAGAGCCGGCGUCAGGGCACCCCUCGCCUGGCCUGGAAAACAGAGGCACAGCCUGCAGGACCCCCACUUCCCCAGGCAUUGGGGAGACACGGGACGCCUCCAGAGCUGGUUUGAGCCUGGCCAGCACGUCGAACCAUGGCAGCACAGAGCAGGAGUCCCCGGGGGCCAUCCCGGCAGUGUGGCCGCCUCAGAUGUCCCCUGCCAGUGACCUGGACCCCUCAUGGUCCCUUUCUCCAGAGACCUCUGCAAGGCCGGAGUUUAACAAAGGGGAGCCUGGGCCUCCGCCAGCAGGGGGCUGCUGCCCCGAGGGGCCCCUGGGCACUACAGUGACUUUGCUGGCUGUAGCCGGAGACCCUGAGAGCGGGGCACCAUGGUUUCCGGGGGCCAGAGUGUCGGCCACCUCUGAGGAAACCGGCCCCCACCGUGGGGCUGGGGUCCUGACCGAGAUCCUAUCCCCUGUGGACGAGGUGCUGUCCUACAGCAGCAUCGACCUCCCGGCCUCCAGCCACAGGGACCCCAGCCUGCCCUCCUGGCCCCUGGAGUUGGCCCUUCCUGCUGAGGGCAGUGGCUGGGACAGCAGCAUCUGCUCUGGAGACUUUCCGUCCCCGCCCGAGGAGGCCCUGCAUCCGGGAGCCUCCCCCGGUCCCCUCGGGGAGAAUACCUCCCUGGCCACUGAUGAGCUAUACUCCUGGGCCGAGGACAAUGUGCCAGAGGUCCUGCCCCCAAAGUCAGGGUGCCCAUGGGGGGCUGGGCCAGGCAGAUCCCGUAAGGAGGGGUUGGGGAUGUCGGGUUCUGUGGCUGAAAAGGAGUCUGUGAGUGGCCAGUAUUCCCUGUGCAGGGGGGCUGGUGACUGCCCUGGGGGGCUCCCAUGGCCAUCCACCCAGCCCCCACCUCUGUCCCCGACUGCAGGGGAGGGUCUCCCAGCGUGGCUUGUGGUUGGGGAGGGGGAACACCAGAGCCAGGCCCUGGGCAGCCCUGUGCCAAUCCGGAGGACGCCCGAGCAGUGGAGGGAUGCGCUGGGGGCCCAUGUGGACAGGGCCUUGGUUCUCGGACGUAUGAGCCGGGGCAAGAAUCCCAUGCCCAGCUGA